UAUUGUUUUCUUUGUUAUUAGUUCCCUUCUAAAGUUUAAUGAUUUAUUUAUUUAUUUUGUUAAAUUUUAUUUUCUUUGAAAAGAACGAUCCAAAAUGGAAAUUUGCAAUCUGAUGAAUAUUUAUUGAAGUCGAGAUUGUUGGAUAGGCUUCGGUGCGGUUUGACGCAGCGCAGUGGGCAAUAUCAAAAUGGCCCAAUUCCAUUUCCAUGGAAAUUCGAAAACUUGACGAUAAAGAAAAGUUCCUCGUACCUUCUUCUUAACUCUCUUCUCAGUCUCACACAUACCCACCUUCAUUUUUCGCCAUCUUCUCUCGCGUUUAUUCGCUGUUUUCUCCUAAAGGAUCAAACACCCAGUCACUGAUUUUCCCACUCCCCCAAGUCUCGAUUAUUCUCGUCAAUUUUUAUGGCAAAACUGAAGAUUUCAGGGCCAUGGGCUGGUGUGUUGGAGGUGGAGCUGGACAAUUGGACUGUGCCAAUGUUGAGGGAAGAAGUAGCAAGGCGAUCAAACUGUGGAAUUGAGUCGAUUAAUUUGAUAUGCGGUGGUAGAGUUUUGAAAGAUGGCGAUGGAAGCGAGAAGCUGAUCAAUUUGGGUGUUAAGAACAACUCUAGGAUUCUUGCCAGGCGGGUCUCUACUGAGGAGGGCAAGUCACUUAAGGAUGAGUUGAUGGCUGAGGAAGAACGCUCUACCAGGCUCGCUCGAGUCAAGGCAGCUGCCACUGCUCUAGCCAAGAGGCAUGCUAAUGGUUUCCUCCCUGUUGAAGAUUUCAAUAUAGAACUUGAGGAUCAAAGUGGACAGAAAGUUCAUAUGGGGUCUGAAACUGACCAAAGGGCAAUCAUGAUGGGGUUGAUGCUUCAUGCAAACGCAAAACAGCUUAUAAAAAAGGGAAAUUACAAAGAAGCAUUAGAAGUACUCGUCAUGGGAGAGGAGGCUUUCUCUCUUUGCAAUCCAAAAGUCAUUGAGUUUGUUGACAACGUCCCGAUACUCCAAAUAGACAUGGUGUGGUGCUAUUUCAUGCUAAAAGACAUCAAGUGGCUCUCGGAGGCAGGACUACGCCUUGCGAAGGCUAGAGAAGGAAUCGAACGAGCUCAUGGGAAGGAUUCUUCCCGUGUUCGACUCCUUCAAGCUGGUUGCCAUCCCGAGCUUGCCUUACAUUUGAGACUGGAGCUGCUGGAAGGGGUGGCUGCAUACCAUAGCUGUCAGUUUGAUAAGGCUCAAAAGGCAAUCAACUCGGCACAAGCAAAAUAUUUUCAGCUACAAGUGCCAGACGAAGCAUUAUCACUUGUUAUGAGUAUGGGCUUUGAGGAAAGAGAAGCAAAGAGCGCACUGCGUAUGUGCCAUCAAGAUGUAGCAAAUGCUGUUGAUUUUCUUGUUGGGGAAAGGGCAAAGAGAGAGAAAAAACGGGAAGAAGAUAUUCAACGCGAGAAGGAAAUUGAGGAGCAGAAACGCUAUGGAAUGACACCCUCCAAGAAGGCUGUUGAUCUUCAGAGAUUGAAAGAAUUGGUAUCUAUAAUAGGAUAUGAGAGGGAGUUAGCUGCUGAGGCCCUGAGAAGAAACGAGAAUGACUUUCAGAAAGCAUUGGACGAUUUGACAAAUCCAGAAACUAACUCUCUUAUACAGAACACUAUUGAGUCGAGGAAAAGGAAACGACAACGUCAAACUGCAGAUUCUACAGUUGAUACACUUGUUCGCAUGGGUUUCGAUAGAACAAAAGCCGUUGCAGCCUCUCAGGCUGCUGGUUCCUUAGAGCAAGCACUUCAUCUAUUAUCACUUCCUGAGACAAAUACUACGGUCGAUGGGCAACCCGACUCUGCCUUUGCAGCCGUGGCUUUUGAGGGUGCAAAUUCCUCCCUCUCAAACAUUGAUGGAAAAGAAGACAUGUUAGACAACUUUGAUGACGGGGAAGGCCCUUCCACUGCUGAAGAAGAACGAGACUCGGAGAUGGAAAGCAAACUUGCCAUGGAACUCAAUGGUGCUACUGCCGUAUCAGAUUAUGACAUGGACGUAACAAAAGAAGGCGAAGCCAUAACCGAGUACUUGGUUUUCUUGGAUUCAGUGGAGAAUCUUGAGAAAGCUUAAGAAAUGCUUUAGGAGGGUUUAUGUGGUGUAAAUAAUAUUAUGUUAGAUUCUAAAUUUGGUUUGCUUCCUGUUAGUAAAAGACGUACCACUUAGAGACGAAACUAUCCUUGGAAGAGUUCUAGGCUGCAACUGGAACAAGAUUUAGUAAUGUAUAUCAAUUAGCUAACUUUGAAUUGAAAAAAACGUGGGAAUUAUUCUCAUCGUUGCCCUGAGAUUGUCAAUAAGUUGCGAAACUGACCAAUAUCAAAUAUUUUGUAAGA